AUGCCAUUACUGAAGAGCCCCCACUCACUGGAAGAUAUCUCCGAUGCGAUCGACACUGUCAACCUACUUCAACUAAAAGAUUGGGAUACGGCACCUCGAUUCGACCAAGACACAGACAAAUCGAAAUUUCGGCAGUUCGAAGAUGCUCGCGACAGUGUCAAGGCCUUCUACAAGGAGCAGCACGAGAGGCAAACGGUGGAAUUCAACACAAAGGUCCGAGAAGAGAUGCAAGGCAAUGUUCACGCACGGAUGGGGAUAUGGGAGGCGAUGAACAUGCUUAACACCUUGAGAGAUGAAUCAGAUCCAGACACAAAUAUGUCUCAGAUGGAGCACCUACUCCAAACGGCCGAAGCAAUCCGAAUUGAUGGUAAACCAGAAUGGAUGCAAGUUGUUGGCUUGGUCCACGACCUUGGGAAACUUCUCUACUUCUUUGAUUCUCAGGGGCAAUGGGAUGUUGUUGGGGAUACCUUCGUGGUCGGGUGCCAAUUCUCGGACAAGAUAAUUUACCCUGAGACUUUUGCUGGAAAUCCGGAUAGCAACGAUCCGGUGUAUUCCUCGAAGUUUGGGAUUUACAAACCACAUUGCGGCCUUGACAAUGUCAUGCUUUCAUGGGGACACGACGAGUACUUGUAUCGCGUUCUGAAAGAUCAAAGCAGUUUGCCCGCCGAGGGCUUAGCGAUGAUUCGUUAUCACAGCUUCUACCCUUGGCAUCGUGAUGGAGCCUACGAGCAUCUGAUGAAUACUGCAGACGUCAAGUCGCUCGCGGCUGUUCAGGCGUUCAAUCCAUACGACUUGUAUAGCAAAAGUGACAUACCGGUCAACGCGGCAGAAUUGAAGCCUUAUUACUGCGAUCUUAUAUCGAAAUUCUUUCCGCCAGUAAUCGAGUGGUGA